GUUUCGUCAUCAUCUGUCCCCGACAACCCUCCUCGUCCGCCACCGGAACGAUGAGACACGAAACCCUCCUUGUCCGCCCUCGUCUGACCCCGAAGCUCACCACCGGCUGCCCCGUCCUCGAUGGCCACCUCGGCGGCGGCUUACCCUGCGGCCUCAUCACCGAAAUCACAGCCGAGAGCGGCUCCGGCAAGACCCAGCUCUGCCUCCAGCUCGUCCUCUCGGCCCAGCUCCCGUCCUCCCUCGGCGGCCUCUCCGCCGCCUCCCUCUUCCUCCACUCCGAGUUCCCCUUCCCCUCUCGCCGGCUCAGCCAACUCGCCCAAGCCCUCCUCUCAACUCACCGCAGUCUGUUCACUCCUCCGUACGACCCACUGGACUACAUAUUCGUCCACCCACUCCACACCGCUGAUCAUCUGCUUGACGAAAUGCAAAAGAUAGAGUCUUUCCUGGAAAACUCAAGGACCCGACUGCCCGUUAAGCUCAUCAUAAUCGACUCCAUAGCCGCGCUAUUUCGGUCGGAAUUCGACAACACACCCCUUGACCUCAAGCGGAGGUCAUCCAUGUUCUUCAAGAUUUCGGGGAGAUUGAAGUCAAUUGCUAAGAAGUUCGAUUUAGCGGUUGUCAUCACAAACCAAGUGGUGGACUUGGUUGGCCCCAGCGAAGGCGCAAAUGGCCUGAGGGUGGGGAACCUGAGGAGCCUUUAUACUUCGGGGAGGCAGGUCUGUGCUGCCCUGGGACUUGCCUGGGCAAAUUGCGUGAACUCGAGGAUAUUCCUCUCGAGGGAUGAGGAGUUCAUCACUGAAGCGAAUGAGUCUGUCCACGGGAGUGAUGAAAGUUCAAUUCACCGAAUGAGGACGAGGCGGCGGCUACAUAUUGUUUUCGCGCCCCAUUUACCUUAUUCAUCGUGCGAAUUCGUGAUCGUGAGAGAAGGAAUUCGGGGCAUUGAGAGAUGAUAAUGAUUAUAUGUUACAUCUCAAAUCUCUCAAACAAAAAAUGAGGAAAUUGUACAGCUUUUCGCAUGUUCCGUUUUUGCCUGCCCUGAAUGGUAGACCAUGCUGUCCUCUGUGACUGGGUCUCAAGUUUGGUUGGUGAGAUAAGGGCUUGGUUUUGCUCAAUUAGCUUGAAGAAAAAGAAGACCUUUUGUGGCCUAUAAAAGCGCCCUUAAGGAUGAGGGAAGGAUGUGAAGUUCAGGUGUACAAUGUUUUUCUGUUGUAUAUUAUGAAUUCUUAAUCAAUCUACUGUGGAGAUUUCAUGAAUUUGCCAACAGUCAUUUGGAGGA